AUGGGCAGCGAGAAUUUCCUGCUCUUUGCGAGCGCGGCACAAAAGGCGCACCUCCUCGACAUGCAGCUAGAGGAGAAUGCAAAGUUCCGGGAGCAGCAGCAGCAGCAGCGGGACCAGCAGCAGCGGCUCAUCCUAGAUCACCACGUAGAGGCCGCGGAUUUGAGAGCGCGCAACUGCAGUAGAUCGAGCAGCGGCGGGAUCAGCAGCUCCAACAAGAAACGAAACAUUAUCAAGGGCCAGUGGACGCCGGAGGAAGACAGGUUUCUAGGCGAGCUUGUUGCAAAGCACGGCUGCCAGAAAUGGUCGCUUAUAGCAACUUAUCUUCCUGGGCGGAUUGGAAAGCAGUGCCGAGAGAGAUGGCACAAUCACCUCAAGCCAGAUAUCAAGAGAGACAUCUGGAGGGAGGACGAAGAGCAGCUUCUCGUCUCGGCGCACAAUCGGCUGGGAAACAAAUGGGCAGAUAUCGCCAAGCUCAUUCCUGGACGCACAGAAAACGCCAUCAAAAACCACUGGAACGCAACCAUGAGAAGAAAAGACCUCCGUCGCAAGCACAGAAAGCCCGCCGAUGGCUCCGACACGCUCGAGGUGGUGCCGCGCUCCACAGUUCUCCGCGACUAUCAGCAGAGAAUAAACUGCCAGCCCACCGGCGGCGCAGCCAGUGCUAGCGCUUUGCCGCCGCCAACGAGCAUGAGCAUGAGCACCACCGAAGUGGACCAGCUACUCCAGAGGAUGAUGGAGAGCGAUGCUGCCGCGGCCGCCGCUAGUACCAGCACUGGUAUCGCGGACAUCAUCUCCGCCGCUGCCGCCGCCGCCGCCGCCGCGUCGGACUUCCAGGACUAUUCCACCGCCGCCAGCUUUGGGAGCUUGAUCACGGGCAACGCGUUGCAGUCGUCGUGGGGAGAGGCCAGAGCUCUGCCAGGAAACUAUAAUCCUCAAGUCACAGUGUGGAGUGAAGGAGGAGGAUUCACCUUGAGCGGCAGCGCAGGCGAUGGCGCCGGUGGUGGUUGCGGAGGAGGAUCAAACGGAGGAUCACAACAACAGCACCAGUUUGAUCUCCAGCAGCUUCCAUGGCCCACUCCAGCGUCUACAAACACUGGCAACUUCUACGUCAGUAACCAUCUUAACCAGAUUAACAGUGGCAGCGGUAGCAGCGGGCGACGAGCGGCAGAUGUUUUGUUCGUGGAACCUCAUCACGUAGUAGUGGACGACGUCGAUUGCUGCUGCCCGCCAGCAUUAACUCCAUGCAAGUGCCAGCGCUGUACAGUUCAGGGCCUGGCGGAUCUUAGCAACGUUAGCAGCGUUUUGGGAGAUCACGGCACGGCUAAUCCAGCAGCCAUGGAGGAGCAAGAGACUUAUCAUCCCAGCAUGCUUCACCUGGACAACGAUGAUCAAUUUUCUAGUUACCUCUCGCAGCAACAGCAGCAGCAGCAGCAGCAGCAACACGUCGGUCAUGACGAGCAAUCGUUUUGGAGCAGCGAGCACGAUUCGAUCAACCGGCACCAGCAGCAGCAACAGCAGCAGCAAGAGCUGGAUUUGAUCGAGCUGGUGACGAGCUCCAGUCGGGAGUUUAAUCUCAAGAAAGUGGCUGCCACUGUUGCUGCUACUGACAAUGACGAUCACGAUGAUCGUAGCGAGGGAUUUGCUAGACGACUCGAUAUUCGAUGA